AUGUCUUCAUAUCUUUUACGAACACGAGGAAUAUUUACCAUUCCUCGUUAUGUUCCUACGUUAAUAGCACGUGCACAAGCAAGUCAAACUACUAGUUCAGUACCACCGACACCUGGCCAAGGUAUACCAAUGUCUGGUAGUACAAAAACAGUGUCACAAACAGGUGGAACAAAAAAAGGUGACUCAUCAGUUUUACCACCAAGUGGCACUGCAUCCGAUCAUACAAAUCCAACAAAAACAAGUUCUGAUGCACCACCAUUAGAUCAUGCACAUGUAGAUGAAGCUGAUAAAUCAAGUGAUAAACAACGUCGAAAUACUUCUACUGGUAGUAGCAAGUCUCCAGGAUCAGAUAAAUCAACUAACCAAUCAUUUAUGAGUACACCAGUUGGUCAAAUUGGUGCAAUUGCUGUUCUUGGCGCUGUUAUCUAUUAUGGUUAUACUAUGAUGAGAAGUAGUGGAAAAGAUCUGAAGAAAAAUGAACAUUACAAAAAAGCUACAGCUGAUUAUCAAGCAGCUAAUGCUAAAAAUACUGAUGUUAAACCUUAA